AUGUCAUUCUCCCACCCAGCUACCGAACCGAAGGAUCCCCAGAACUCCAAUGGCGGCCAUCAACCACAACAGGCUCAACCAAAGCCAUCCAGCGAGUUUUCCUUGAGGAUCAACAGAGCAAGGGCUAACGGGAUCUUCGAGAGGAUCUUGCGUUGUUCGGCAGGAGGACGCAUGGACGUUCCAACUGCUGGCACUCUUUCCCUCCGCCAAUCUGGCUAUGAGCGGCUCCUGCAACUCCUUUCGAAGGACACGGCACUCGAGGAAACCGCUUUUCAGGACCUCAAGAUGUCCUAUAACCGGUUGCGGCGCCAACUAUCGUACGAGGUGCCUACCAACAUCCGUCAGGACAUGACCAUCGCCUUGAACCAGGCGAUCACCAACCAGCUGAACGACAUCAUGGCCAAGUCCGACGCGGCCAAGAACCUCCUCGAUCUUGUUUCAGUCGACCGCUGGCCCCGUUCGAGCGUCGAGAUUCCAGGCAAAAAGGCCAGCAUGCAGAGGUACCCCGACGGCAUCUGGGCCAUCGAGCCGGCCACUGAGUCCCCCUCCUCCGAUCGUAUGGCCUGCUUCAUCUUCGAGAUGUGCUUCAUGCCGGGAUCCGCUGCCGCAGAGGGCAAGGUUCUGGAGGUCAUGCUGAAGAGGCAUGGAUGUCCCGGAAUGGCGCUGAUCAUCAACAUGCGCCACACCAACCCCGAGAUGCGGCUCAACCCUCCGGCGGACAUGAACAGCAAAGCUUCGUAUGCACUCUACGAGUGGAUUGCGGUUGAGGACGAGGACGGAUCGGUUGAGGGCCGCGUCGUUCGCGUCGGCAUGCCGCGGGCGUUCCGCAACAGCAGCGGUGGUCUUGUCCCUGGGAAGCUGUCGUUCACCGUCGCAGACUUCCUUGGUAGAGCUGUUGAAGAUCACAUUCCGAGUAUGGAUGAUGAGGCGUUCUGGAGUGUGCUUGAGGAGACUAUUGAGAUUGACCAUUCGGACAUGCUCAAAUGGCUGGAGCAGGCUGAGAGCUGGGAGCUCAAGCUCGCGCAGGACCCCGCCAUGGGCGGGACUAUCAAGAAGAAGGAUAGGAAGCCAGUGGAGAUUCCUUCUGAAAACACCAAUGAGAGCCCCUUUGAUAGCGGCGACCUCUUGAGGAGGAUUCGAGAGAUCCGUUCAAAUCUUGGGUUGGAGCCUUGGAAGGGACCGGACGCUGUCCUUGAGGAGGAGAGCGAGGAGGCUGAUGCGGAUAGUGUCUCGACAUGA